AUGGACCCGUCGCGUUUGACGAUUGACGGGGUGCCGAACGAGAUUCUCCUUACUAUUCUGUCGCUGCUGCCCACCGCCUCGCUCCUGCCGCUCGCCGCCGUCAGCCGGCGCUUCUACUCGGCGGUGGCGAGGCUGGCGCACACACGCAUGUUGCGCGUGACCGCCCAGCCUGACUACCGCCUCAGUCUCGAGUGCUACCACCCGAGCGCCAAGAUCUCGACGCCGUAUCUCUACUGCGACUUCAUGCGCACCGACAGCCUCGGCCUUGAUGCCAAACUGCCGGCGCUAGUCGGAGGUGGCGAGGACCAUGUCGACCGAGGCUUGCCCGAGCCGACCCUCGGCAGGCUGUACGGCAUGUACUCGCACUUCCGGCCCGUCGUGCAGGAAGAGAACCGGCGGCCGAGGCUGCGGUACCCGAGGCGGGGCCACGCGACCCUGGUGCAGCUAGACGCCAGCGCCAGUGAAAGCAGCAGCAGUGCUGGAGGGCAGUCGCAGUCACGCGGCGGGUUGAAGCCCGAGCCCGACCAGGAACCGGAGAGGCCGUCUCAGGACAUCUACCUCGACGAAGACCAGCUGUUUUCGCAGCUCUGCACCGUCACGAACCUGGUCAAGCUCGGGCCUAAACCGGGCUUCUUCUUGAGCCACGUCAACAUCAGCGACGGCGUGAUACGUGUGUUUCGCGACUGGCUAGCAACGCAGGCGGCGGCGGCGGCGAGGGCCAGAAGAGUCCCCAGCAGCGGCAGUGACAGCGGCAUAGACACUCCGGGCCAGGAACGCGCGACACAGGAGGUGCUCUGGGCCGACGGGCGCUGUCAUGUCGGUCUCAAAUUCCGGGUCGCGGAGAAGGAUGACAUGGCGGGGCACGUGUGGCGGGCGCCGGUGCUGGUGGAAAAGGCUGACGAGCCGCCGGUAGCCUACCGGCUGGAGUUUGAUGAACUCCGGGUCCGGACCAGCCGGCUCCUGCUCAUGGUGGAGCGGUCUGAGGCGCAGGAGCUGAAUACUUCAGGUUUCCUCUUCGAGCCCUUUGGUCCCGGGUCGUACCCGGCCCAGUUCUUUUUCUGGUCCGAUCUGCAAAACAGCAACAACAACCACCAUAGCCCGCGAUGGGCGUCGGCUGCGGAGGCGAAGGCGGCGGCCACGGGCUGA